GGGCGGAGGAAAAUCGCUGUGUUAAGGAAGGGGCAAAAGGAUUUCGUUUGAGAAGGGGGGGGAACCGCGAAAAAACAUGGUUAGAUGCCACGAAGUAGGUGGCAGUGCCUUAUCCGUAUGCGUGUUGUAUAGGCCACUGGGGCCUCUUCCAUCCUUAUCAAGGGGAGUGCUAACCUUCUCUCCUUUCAUACAACACGAUACCGCGGUUCCUUAUGGCUCUAUUUAAACCUUCAAAGAGCGCUUCCUCUUGCAGACAGGGUGAGCACUAUUUCCUGACCUUAUCUUCGCUCUGCAAAAGCUUUUACCUGUUCCCCAAAAGAAUUAAGCUCUUUCAAGUGUUUUAAAUCCUGUGGGCUCCGUUAAAUGACGCAAAUGCGUUCUGUUUACAGAGUAAUUAAUAUAUUCAUCGCCUCCAUCCAAUCAGAGUGCAGGCACUGGAGCGUUUUUGACGGCCGCAUCGCUCUGACCGGUGGAGGGCGCCUCUGCUCCACCUCGUUAACGGCGGCACGGUGCCAGAGAACCUCUGGGGACUUAGGGUUCGAUUCCCGUCUAGGCUGCAUUUCAGGGAACAGAAAACUGGAGCAGCCCGAGCACAAGAUCCAUUUCGGGGAGGACUCAGUGCCACGGGGCUGGAGGAGCGGGGAGCAGCCAGACCUGCCGAUCUGCCUUUAUUCGACACGGGGCUCGCAGGUGGGAAGCCAGCGGUGUGUGGAAGCUGGGAGGACAGGCAGCCCGUGCCCCCAUGCUCUCAGGACACAUGCCUGGAGGUGCCCAUGGGAUCCUGUCUCUGCUGACCGUGGUGUUUGUCCUCCCAGAGGUGUCUGGGCUCCAGUGCUACGGCUGCAACAUCAUUGUUGGCACCAAGUACGUGGACACGGGGUGCUCGAACCCAGAGGUGAUCACCUGCUCACACUCCCAUCAGGGCUUCAAACACCGCUUCUGCAUUAAGACUGAAAGUGUGGUCCUGGGCAUCCUGCUGACCAGCGGCUGUGCCACCUCCCGUCACUGCCAGCAGCAGGAGCUGCCGGGAGUCCGCAUCCACUGCUGUGACACCGAUCUCUGCAAUGGCUCUCCCCAGCCUCCCCCCAGCCUUGCUGGCGGCUGCCUCCUGCUGCCCAGCCUCCUGGCAGCCCUGCUGCUCUCCUGAGCUCCCCGAGGCUGGGGAGUGAUGAUGUGUGGCCCUGGGAGAGGAUGGGAGAGGGGAUGAACCCGCCCCUGCUUGCCCUUCUCCUCAAUAAAAGCCACCGAAUGCUUUGCUCUGGAGAGACC